GUGGCUACAAAUUUAUAAUGUAACGUUUUGUCCAAUGUUAUUAAUUUAAAGGAAUGUUAUUUCAACGCAGACGUAUGUGUACAUAUAUAUUAUAAUACGAAAAAUACUGUAUCGUCCCACAGUGCGUCAGCCGGUGUUUUGUAAAGCGACACAACUAGUCAAGCCAGACUUUACCAGCAGUACGAAAGGCGAUCGUUAGUCGAACAGCCGUUUGCUCGGUUUUGCUGUAGCAUAAUGUACAUUUUUAGUUAUCUCUUAGUGAUAAUAUGCUUAGUAAACAUACUGUUAGCACAGAUAAUAAAGCAAAAUGUCAAAGUAAAGACAAGUGAAGGCACAGUGAUCGGUUUCAAAGAAAAUGAUAGCAAUUAUUAUGGAUUUUACGGCGUUCCAUACGGGGGAAAGAGCUCUGGUGAAUAUAGGUUCAAAGAAGCGCCCCCGCCUUCAAAAUACGAAGAGUUAAUAGCGAACAAGACAGAUAUAUUAUGCGCCCAACCAAGCCCCACAGGAAUGAUUGGAGUUGAAGAUUGUCUUACACUAAACAUUUUCACCAAAGAUGUCAACAUUACCAAGCCAGUGAUAGUCUGGCUGGGUGGAGAAGAUUAUUCUGAGACAAUUAGCGUGAAAAACUACUUAUACAAAUCUUUUGUUGAUAAUGACAUAGUUUUAAUUGACGUUAAUUACAGGCUUUCUAUAUUUGGUUUCCUCUGUCUUGGAGUGGAAGAGGCACCGGGCAAUGCAGGAUUAAAAGACGUAAUGCAAGCAUUAAAAUGGAUCCAAAAUAAUAUCAAAGCCUUCGGUGGGGACCCUAACAAUAUAAUCCUAUUAGGACAUGGUUCAGGAGCUGCGUUAGUUGAUUUAGUGACUUUAUCAAAACAUUCCAAUAAUUUAAUCAGUAAAGCAAUAGCUAUAAGUGGAUCAGCACUAUCUCCUUGGGCAGUAGCAUACGAUCCUGUAAGUUAUGCUAAAUCGCUAAGUGCCAAUCUGGGAAUACGCCUUGAAGAUAAAAAUUUGAUUGCUAAAACACUCAAAGCUACAGAUGCAAAAAAAUUAACAGAAAAUAUAAAUACUUUUAAAUUUACAAACCAAUCGGUACUAUUUGCCCCGUGCAUAGAAAAUGUUAAAUUGAAAGGAUGGUUUUUAGAUGAUGCACCUAUAACUUUGCUAAAACGAAAAGACUAUAAACCAAUUCCAUACAUAGCUGGUUUUGUUGAUAAAGAAGGCACCAUAAAAAUAAAAGAGGCUCUGAACGAUAAUUGGUUCCCAAGAAUGCAAGAGAAUUUCACUCACUUUCUACCCAUAGACUUAACAUUUACUGAUGAACACACUAAAGACAAUAUCUCGAGAUAUAUACGUAAAAGUUACUUUGGAAACGAUAUGAUUUCAAAUUCUACUAUAGAGUCUUUCCUAGAUUAUGAAAGUGACAGUUUAAUAAAAUAUCCCAUACUAAAAAGCGUCAAGGAAAGGGCUAAAGCUUCAAAAAACUCUACGUGGUUAUUUACUUUUUAUUAUGAAGGGGAUCAGAAUAACGGUUGGAAUAAUGAUGGCGUACACUUAAAAGGGGUAGGUCACGGCGCAAUACUGGAUUAUAUAUUUGAUAAUGUAAAAUCAGAUACAGUUAAUCUCCAGGCAAAGCAAUCACUUGUAAGAAGAAUCGUUACAUUCGUUAAGACUGGGUAUGUUUAACAAUUUUACGAGGACAGAGCGACUUGGGAUCCAAUAACAGACAAGGAUUUCAACUACCUGAAGAUCUCUGGUUAUGGAAUACAUUUCAAUGAAUUCGUUUAUAGUGACAAAAUUAAUAUGAAAGUACCAUGGGAAAAUAUUACCAAUACCUACUACAGAAUGCCAAUGGCAGUUUCUUCAGGAACAAAUUUGGUUGUUUAUUCGAUACUUAUGGUUAUAUGCCAGUUAAUAAUAAGCAUUAUGUAACGAUUCUAACUUCACCGUGUGGUUUAAUGAG